GGCAGCCGGAGUGGCAACGGACAGAAGAGAGGGGAUCCCCGGGAAUUUUUUUUUUUUAGCGAAUUACGGGUGUAGCUUAAUAUUACAUCAAAACAUUUGAAAACUCGGGGGAACCUGAUUAAGCUGCUCCUGACUCCGGAGAGAGCAGCCAUGUCGGAGGAGGCAGUGCGUCAGACGCGCAGCCAGAAGCGGGCCCUGGAGCGGGACCAUGCCGCACCCGCUGGGGCCCUAGGCGACAUGGACAGUAAGAGGGUGAAGCUGGAGAAGGGCGACACUGCUGGGGGCCCCUUGGCUGUAGUGGGAUCUGCAGCUGAGGGUGUAAAGGUGAAAAAUGAGCAGGCUGCAAAGGUGGCUGCCAACAUCUUGAAGACAGGGGAGGUGAAGGCUACCAUCAAAGUGGAGGUUCAGACUGGAGAUGAGCCUGUUGACAUGAGCACGUCCAAGAGUGAUGUUAAGAGAGAGCGCCAGCCCCCUUCACCAGAUGAUGUCAUAGUCUUGUCAGACAAUGAGCCAUCCAGUCCCCUCAUGAACGGCCACUGCUUCGUGAAGACGGACACAGACAAACUCAUGAAGAGUAGCCCUGAGGAGAGAGAACGCGUCAUCAAACAGCUAAAGGAGGAGCUUAGACUCCAGGAAGCCAAGUUGGUAUUGCUGAAGAAACUACGACAGAGUCAGAUCCAAAAGGAGAGCACUGCACAGAAGUCCACAAGUUCUGUGGCCACUCCUCCUCCUUUGGUGAGAGGAAGCAUCACAUCAGGCAAAGGACCCCUCCAGGUGUCAGGCCGUAGCUCAGGCACAGUGAUCCCUCCUCCGUUGGUGAGGGGUGGGCAGCAUGUCCCGUCCAAACAGAAUUCCCAGAUUGUCAUGCCACCUUUGGUCAGAGGGGCACAGCCGAUUGCUGUAACUCCCCAGCAAAUAGCCAGUCUGCGUCAGCAGCAGCAGCACAGUGGCUCUGGCCCUCCCCCUCUGUUGCUGGCUCCCAGAGCCUCGGUGCCUAAUGUCCAGGUGCAGGGUCAGAGGAUCAUCCAGCAGGGACUCAUCAGGGUGGCCAAUGUGGCAAACAGCAACGUCAUGGUCAACAUUCCUCAGGCCUCUCCGACCAACCUAAAGGGCUCGUCGGUCUCAUCCAACUCCAGCGUCAACGAGUCCCCUGCAAGCCGGCAGGCGGCCGCUAAGCUGGCUCUUCGCAAGCAGCUGGAGAAGACCCUUCUGGAGAUUCCUCCACCUAAACCACCUGCCCCUGAAUUCAACUUUCUGCCCUCAGCAGCUAAUAAUGAGUUCAUCUAUUUGUUGGGUCUGGAGGAGGUGGUGCAAAAACUGCUAGAGAUGCAUGGAAGGGGUAACCUGGGCCCAGCUGCAGCAAUGGCCAACUCCAUCCCCAAAGAGCCAUACACCUGUGCCCAAUGUAAGACAGACUUUACUUCGCGCUGGCGACUGGAGAAGGCCGGAACCAUCCUCUGCGACCAGUGUAUGUCGUCCAAUCAGAAAAAGGCUCUGAAAGCUGAGCACACCAAUCGGCUCAAGGCAGCCUUUGUUAAGGCACUCCAGCAGGAGCAGGAGAUUGAGCAACGCAUCCUCCAACAGGCUGCUGCCUCUUCAUCCUCUUCUGCCUCCUCUGUCUCUAAAUCCACCUCCUCUUCUUCUGCUUCUCCCUCACUGUCCAAGAGUGAGCAGCAGGUUCUGGUGUCCCAGCAGUACAAACAGGUCAGGGCUGCCAUGCAGCAGCACAGAGGGACGCCUGUGGCUCGGCACCACUCCGCCAUAAAGCAGAGUCCUGGUCAGCUUGCCCAUAGCGUCCAGUCUGCAGUGAGCUCUCGCAGUGUGGCCCACUCCUUCUCUUCCUCCCAGCUGCAGAGCGCGGUGACAGCGGCCGCGCUGGUCAGCAGGCCAGGUAAGCAUGCCGCUGCACGUCCACUGCAGCAGGGGGCAAAGGUCAGCGCCACCGGCGGCAGCAGCAGUAACCAGGGCAACGUGGCUGCCUGGAGGAAGCAGACCAGCGGGAACACAGGUGUGACCAUGGCCUAUGUAAACCCCAGCCUGUCUGCCCAUAAGACCACCUCAGCAGUGGAGCGCCAGCGAGAAUACCUGCUGGACAUGAUUCCCUCCCGUUCCAUCUCCCAGACAGCCAACACUUGGAAAUAAUACAAUCCUGUUCCCUGCUCCCACCAUUGCUAUCACCCCCCUUCAUUAUUAAUAAUAUCAGUAAUAAAUAGUCAUUCUCAUUAUCAAUCUAACAAAGGACUUGGCCUCCUGCCAAAACAAGGCUGUGGAGAAUCUGCUUUUUGACCAAUGUUUAAAAAAAGAAAAAAGAAAUAACAAGGAAAAAAUGAAUCUCUCCACUUCUUCCCUUGCUCUUUAUGCCUACAUCUUUCUUUCCUCCCCCAAGCCUUCCAUCCCAGUUAGGAGCCAUACUGGGUUAACCUCGACUUCUGGGAUAUGAGGAUUACAUCCUAUGGAUUGCGGGUAAAGGUGGGGGUGGGGGUUUGACAGGAAAGAAUACACUGUCAAACUUUGAGUAGCAUCGCAUCCUCCCUCUCAAUAUGUCAGUGGAACUACAUGAGAACCUCACCAUCACAUAGCAUGACAGAUCCGCCUUACACUUCCAACCUCUCUUCAGGUUGAGACAGUCAGACUCAGGCCAAUGUGGGGGCAGGACCAAAAUUAACUGAAGAACUCAUAGCAGGGAUUGUGGUUGGGUUUUGAGGACCAUCCACGAAAUACCAAGGACUGCUUCAGCUUUGCAAAAAUGAAUAUUAUUAUAAAAAGAAAAAAAAAAGACUGUAAAAAAUAAUUUCUAUCAACGCACAGACUGCCUCCUCUCUCUAACCUAAUAGUGUGUAUAGAAGAGAAGCAGACCUGGUGUGUCUGGUUAUUUUGUAUGGCUGAAUGUUAGGAUUUUGUCUUCUGUAAGUCAUAUACUGUGUUUUGAGAUAUUGUGCUCCCUGAUAUUUUGGAAGUGGCCUCUUGUAAAGGCCUGAAUUUAGAGGCUUAAUGUCACUGUUGAGGUGGUUUUACAUCUGCUGGGUUCCGUGUUUUACCCUACUUUUAAAGACUUUUUUUCUAAGAAGAAGAGGAUGAACCACAGGUUUCACUGAUAAAUGUUGGCGGGAGGGGGGGGGGACACGGACCAUAUGUUUGGAGGACUUAUUCUUCUUGGAUAUUGCAAAAACCUUCCAAAGAACUAGUGGAGCCCAAAUGGAAUCCCUUCUGCUAGAAGGUUUCUAGUUUAUUAUGAACCCUCACUAAAGUUAAAGUUGAAUUCUUGCUAUGUGGAGGAGGGGUUUAAUGAAUGUCAUAUUUUAUGACAUUUUGCUUUUAGUCAUAGGUUGUGGUGCAUUUUUUUUCCUUCUGUUGACAAACUCUGUCUCUUGGCUUAUUUAUAGGGUCACAUUAGUUAAGAAACGCUUAUGCCCUAAGUUCAAAUGGAUCUGCAUUUAGAUGAUUUGUUUUUCUUGUGUGCCCACUGGCUCCUACACACCCUUUAAUUGGUCUAAAAGAAGAUGGACAGCUAUCAGAAUGUAGUUAUGCUAAAACCCCUAUAGCAACACAUGACAUGAUUUUCUCAAGUCUUUUCUUUUACAUUGAAGUGUGUAUGAUUUGUCAUAUCCAUAAGAUUAGCUAUUUUUGCCUUUCAUGUGAGCUGCUGUGGAUUUCUACAAGGUUGCAGCAGCAUAGUAUAUAAGCUUAUGAAAUCCAAUACGCCCCAUUGAAAGCAGUGACUUGAGCUAUGCUUACAGAACUUCAUUUAAGAAGUAAGUUCUGCGUUCCUAACUGGAGUUCUGAUGUCCAGUUGUUAUAAUACAACCAGAUGCACUCUGCAGUGGCAUUGCCCAUGUAUUUCUGUUGCCUAGGUGAAAUAAAAAAAUAGGCAAGUUGGAAAUGUAAAAAUGGCAAUGCUUUGAAUUUGAAGUUGUAUACUAGUUCAUGCAUAGUUCAUACACUUUUCCUGAAAACCUUUUAUUUCUUCUCAUACCAUGUCUGAUGUUGGCCAGCGGUAUACAUACUAUUCCAGACUCUACAGAUGAGGCCAGUCAUGCUAACAAAGGUCAUCCUGGGCCCCAAGUUGUGUAUUCUUGCAGAGCCUGCUGGUACAUGAAAAGAAUUCAACGGCUGAUCUGUAGUGGCACAAAUCUGUUUUCCAUCUCUUUAAAUUUAAAGAUUAUAAACACCCAUGAUUUUGUACUCAGAAACAUUGAUCCUUUCCCCCAUGAAAAAUUUUACACCAUCAUAAAUACAUUUACUUUGUUUAUAAAUGUAACAGAUACUGUAGAAAAAAAUACAAGACUCAGCUCAUUGAGUUCCAUCAGGCUCAGUAGUAUUAAUGCACUGUGUGUAGUUGGUAAUGGGGUUGCCAUUUGAGGCUGAGCCCUCUAUCAUCUUUCAAGUCCUGUGGUGUAUACUAUAGCAAUACACCACCUGGGUUGCAUUCAGGAUGGUGCAACAUUUGUUUAUUGUGGAUGGAAAUUUGAGAAUGUUAAGAGACUUUUUAGUCAAUUCAAGAUAGAUUGUAGAUUUUGUUUUAUUUUCAUUUUUUCAUCUGAGCUAUUCCAGGGCAUCUGUGUAAUGCACACGGGUCGAAAGUAGCAAUCGAUGUCUUGUGGCUGUAAUAUAAACGACCUGGAAUGAUUCCACAAUGUUGUGCCCUGCUAAAUGUAACCCGACGCUGUCCUGACUACUGCCUGAAGAACACCAUUCCGUUUUCUUGGGGUGCCAGCACCGUUUAAACCCUGAUGGGGGGAAAAAAAGUAUGUACAAGACAAGAAAUGUUGGUUUUGAUUUUUUCCCCCCCUGCUCUUAUCAAGUAAUAAUAAAACUAAUUUUAA